UGUUAAAUAAAUGCAGUUAGGUUUUGUGAGGCUGCAGGAAAGCAUCUCAAUCGCUAAUACUCACAGAGAGAAGCAACGAUGAAGCUGGAAAUAAGCAUAGUUCUUCUGCUGUGUGUUUGGCCCACACUGGCACAGGAUUUAUUCACACCGACAUUAGAUAUCCUUAAAGAACUCAGAAAUAUUAAAACCAUGGGGGAAAGGUUAAAUGCUUUAAAUGAUGAAGUCAGGGAACUAAGAAGCAAGAAUGAAGAAAGCACAAAAGUAGCUUUUUCAGCCACACUGUCUUCUUCACUGGGCUCCAAAUAUUUUGGACCUCAUGCCGAAGCAACCACUCUUGCGUAUGAAAAUGCAUUUACUAACAUUGGAAAUGCUUAUGACACUAAGACAGGAAUCUUCACUGCACCAGUAAAAGGGGUUUAUUUCUUCAACUUUGUGGUGUUCAAUCCUGAUGAAGAACCAACCGCUGUGAGACUGCUAAAAAAUGGCAAUCCUGUGGUCACAGCAUCAGAUAACGCUCCUGGGCUAGACACCGAGGACACUACGACCAACUCGGUUAGUCUUCUUCUUGAACGAUGGGACACGGUAUAUCUUCAGCUCUUAGAGAAACGCCGUGUCUACACAGACAGUUGGAGACGUAACACCUUCAGUGGACACCUACUUUUUACUAUGUGAAGCUUCUGCCCAAAAAAAUCAUUUAAAUGUAUCCCCAUUUCCACACACUGAUGGGAAUAAUUGUUUGCUGGUUUUAGUUUAUCUUUCAUUAAUAUUCAAACCCUGUCAAUAUCAAUAUGUUUGUUUGUUGUGUAGACACUUUUGAUUCUCUCGUAAUAAAUCAAAUUCCACGCAUAAAACAUGAAUAAAGUCACGCAUUGUUAGUAAA